CAGCUCAAAACCACUGCGCAGAUGUGUGCGCAGGUUUUUAGUAAGAUAGCUAGAUAUUACUUUUGAGACGGAGACGCGAACGGCUUCGGCACCAAAACACGAAAGAUGCCAUUUGCCAGUGACAAGCUAUACGAUGGAUACUUGCGGCGGAAUAUGGCGGACAUUGUGUAUAAUGUGGAACCGACACAAAUAAUGAUCCGUCUGCCUUGCUUGACUUCUCAUGACAGGGAAACCAUUCAGGCAAAAAGAGAUAUUCGUGGGGACAUUGAAAGCAUGGAGUUACUUCUGAAAUGUCUGAAGAGAAGAGAAAACUGGCCAGAGCAGUUCAUCGCAGCACUUGAAGCGUGUGAGCAUUCAACUUUAGCAGCUGAGAUUAGAGCAGAAUACAAUGCUCUGAGAGUCAUCCACAAUUCCAACCCCAGCUCCCCUCCAACGACUGUCAACAGGGCACACGUCCACCCUGCACCCUCUGCCAGUCAUAUGUCCCUCCCAGAGGGUGGUGCAAACAGUCAGGCUAUUGUUGAUCCACCAGCUGAAGCAUCAGCUCCUCCACAGCCAGCUGCCCAGGCCUCCCCCCCUCUGGAAACCCCUGUGCAGCAACAAGUCCCCCAGAGCUCAGCAGCCAACGUUCCUGAGGCAGUUUCCCCAUCUGAGCCUGUCUCUGAGCCUCCACAGUCAACUCAGAAUGAAGUGAUACCCCGUCCAACACCUCCUCCUUCCCCUGUUACCCCACAUAAUCAGGCCACUAGAACCCCACCGCCUCAGAGGGAGAUUAGAUCUCACCAGGAGCCGGUGGAAAACUCAGAAUCAGACAUCCAGGAUAUCUCUGGUGGUAUUGCUGUGAUCCCUGAUCAGCUGAUUGCAGGGAACAGUGAGGUAUCGAUCAACUCUGUGGCUGCUCUUCAACCAUCCCGUCCUGUUGAGCAGUCUGAAACAGACUCUCCGUCCCACCCAGAUCCGGUCCAAACAACAACAACCGCCACAGAGGUCAGUCCACCACAGAGUCCCUCUCCAACUCAGAUAAACUCAGAUGGGACCGAUGGAUCCUCUUUCCCCAUGAUGACCCCAGAGAGGCCUCCAGUCCAGGACACCACCCCUCCUGUUGACCUAAAACCUGCUGCUGUCCUGCAGCCUGAACAGCUAUCAGGACCUCCUGCUACACAGGUCGUUGAAAGCAGCCCACAGACAGAAACUGCAGCUACAACCCCCCCCCUGCCUGUUGCUGCUGGGAUGGACGCCUCUCUCUGUGAUGACAACACGGUGUGUCUGAGCAAGCCUGGCCAACUCAUCAGCAUCCCCCCACAAAAUCAUGAGCGCCCUACUAUCCCUGCGCCCAGCUCACCGGUGCAGCCCUACUCAGGGAAUAGUGAGCGUCUGGAAAUGAGCAAUGCUGCAGGUGACACUGUGACCUCUGCCUGCCUUUCUGCAUGCUCUGCUGUCAGCUCCACCACCGAGAGCACAGUGUCUGCACUGCCAUGCCAGGAGAACGGCAUUGCUCUUAACCAUAACGAACCGGAGGAAAACCAGUAUGACUCUCCUUCUCAGAGUUUGGGAACACAGGAGGUGCUGGAGAACGUGGUGCAUGUAUCCGAGGAGGCGUCUAUCCUUAACCUAGACGGCCAAAGCCCACCACCACAAGCUCAAAUCGUCAAUGAUGAAGCAGCCAAGGAGAUCACGCCUGUACCACCACCAUUCACCAACACUGUUGAUACUGUAUCGAGUGUAAACACCCCCUCCAGUGAGAACUACCACCCCUCUGAGCCUGCACCUGCUGAUAUUUCACCACAGCCGAAGACACUGCAGGAUUUAGAGAAGAAGGUGGCCUCUGGCACCCUGACAACUAAUACAAAGUACAUUCUGACCGCUGCAGGAGUGGGCGCCUGUGUACUGCUGAUGGCGUGGAGGUUUAAGAGAUAAGGGGAUUUAAUACUAUAGUUCGUCGUUUCUGUCUCCCCCAUGAAGAAUUCUAAAUAAUGACAACACUGUCGGUGCAUCCACAUGACGCAAUCCUUCGGUGAACAUGCACCACCCCCACCCCUGCUCCACGCGGUUGCUAGUAGCGUUUCUCCCAUCAAAUUAAGAAGGACACGGAGGACAAAAAAAAACCAUUAUGGACUCUUCAGAAGAGGUAAUUAUAUUGUAAUUUUUAUGCAACAGAAAUGAUGGUGAUGGCUUUUGACGUUCAUUAAUGUAAAAUAGUCACGCACUAUAGCUUUAAAGACCCCCUAUUAUGCUUUUUUGGAUUUUUCCCAUCUUUUAAUGCUAUAUAGUUUUUUGUGUAUGAAAUAGAUUGCUUUUGAGAAGUACAAAACACAUGUCACUGCAAAAGGACCUAUAUUUCCCACAGAAAGCACUUUUUCUCAGCUGCCUAAAAACGCCUCGCCCACAUUCCUGUUUGAAAUUCCUCAACUAGUGAUACCACUGAUUGAGAAUGCCAGCCCAGUUUUUGCAUAUGUGCUGCUCAUUAGUGCUGCCUUAAGGCCGUUUAUGCUUCUGCGUCGAAUCGACGGCGUACCCCCGCAGACCCCUCUGCGUCUACACCGGACCCUACGCUGUAGCCUGACGUGAACCUCUCGAAAAAUGUAACUACACGCCGCAGCGACGCUCAGCCGUGGCUUGGUAGCGUUGCAUUUCCGCUGACUCAUUUCCUGGUUCUCCUUCUCCAUAAACAACAUGAAAUCAAGGAGAGGGUUAACUUCUCCUGCUCCAGAUUUCCCACCUUGGUCAGAAAACACAGGGGAGACACUUUGUUUCUCUUGCUAUGACUAUAGACUCGCUACUCGCUCACACACUGUUAUGGUUAUGGCGCCUUAUUGUAGUCACUGGACUGGGAUGACGUGAGGCAUCUGUUUAAUAAUUACCUUUAGUACCGAUAGCUGACUUGCCAGGCCGUUGAUUAUGUGUAUGUUGUUACGUUGGACUAUGUUUUAUCAUUUUACUGUUGAAUGAAGUUGACCCUAAAAACCAAAACUACACUUCUUAUCCUAGUUUGGAAACGUAAUGGAUCUGGGUUGAGAUCUCAGGUUUUUUAUGGACUUGCUGCAAAUAAGUGGUUUGUAAAGAUACACUGAUGCUGUCUUUUAUUGAUAGAAAUGUUUGUAUGUUCACUUGUCUGAAAAGCACUUUCAAGAUAAGACUGCUGGCUGUCAUUCAGUGAGGGUUAUUCUACCAAGUACCAGUUUUACUGGAUGUGAACUGCGGAAGAAAGAGUACCAGCAUCCCACUCUGUAAAUGAUGGCUAGUGCACUGUCUGUAUUUAUUUGUACAUACAGUGUAUGUAUAGAUACAUACAGCAUAUAUACAUACAGUGUAUAUAAAAUUCCCCACUACCCCUAUCCUGGGUCCUAAGGGUUCUGGGCAGUAUCUUAGCUGUUCCUUGGACUGCACUCUUCUGGACCGAUACCUCAGAUGUUGUUCCUGGAAUUUGCUGGAGCCGCUGUCUCAGUUUUGGGGGUUACAGCCCCAAGUGCUACCAUUACCACUGGAACCACUGUUGCCUUUGCUUUCCACAUCUUCUCCAGCUCUUCUCUAAGCCCUUGGUAUUUUUCAAGCUUCUCGUGUUCCUUCUUAUGAUGUUGCUGUCGCAUGGGAUGGGUACAUCUAUCACAACUGCCUUCUUCUGCUGAACCCAGUUUGGUUAGCCAUCACCAUUAUAUCAGUCUGGAUCUGAAGUUCCACAGAAGCUUAGCUUGAUCAUUCUCAGCCACCUAAACACACACACACACACACACACACACACACAUAUAUAUAUCUGAGGAUAUGAUAAAACAUAUUUAUUUGCCAUGGCUGUCUUCUUCUUUGUAUUAUAUGUGUAAUUGGUGUCUAACUCUGUGUAUUUUUCUCGUUUUUGUUUUUUUCUUGAGCGGAGCUGCUCGGAAUACAAAAUGAAUUUCAGUGUAACCUGACAAGUUGUAUCGUAUGGUGCAUAUACUAUAUACAGCUGAUAUAUGUAUUUAAAAAAAGAAUCUCAAAGAAUUCUCAAAGAGUCACUUCAUAAUAAAAUUACAUACUUUGCAAAUGUAUUUGUAAAUCCAGACCAGUUGCUCCCACACUUUUUAAAACCAUGGUAUGUCCUGUGUGUUAACCGUGAGCUCUCAUGUCAUUAGUAGCAUAUUUAACUGGUAAUGUAAAUUGCUUCGUUUUUUUCCGUUUUAAUGUUUGAAAACCUCAAAAGAAUAAAAAUGUAGUUGGUGUAAGCGUC